AUGAAGGAUAUAAAUUAAAAAUAUAUUUAACCCUAGCAAAUCAAUCUUAAAUAUGUAAAAAGCCACGGUGGAGAUUAGCAAGAAUUAAACGGCUCUGUAGAAUAUUCAAUUGAUAAUAGCUAGAUUCAAGGAAACUCUGUUAUUGAAAAUUAAAAUGAUACACCUUCUAAAAUAAUUCACAAUAGAAAUAUUUUAGUUUAGAAUGCUCAAACAAUAAUUAUUUAAAAUGUAAAAUCAGAAACUUAAAUUUGCUAACCUUCAAAAGAAAUAAAAUAAUAAGAUACAAAUAAGUUGUAAAAUUAGCAGACUUCACAAUAGUCUUCGCUGAAUUUGAGUAUAUCAAGCUUAGAGAUAGAUCCUAACAAUUCAAAAUUAAAAGAAUUUUUAUAUAAUAUAGUUUUUUUAAUCCUACUGCAAAUCAUAGGACCGUUUAUUUCUUCAUAUGUUUUGUGGAAAUAUAAAGUCUUAGAUAACUUGCCAUUAAAAAUAAAAGUGGCCACAAUAAUUCAAAUUUUAUCAAAAACAACUAUAUUGAGCAUUAUGAGUUGGAUUAUGAUAAUAUUUUUAAUAAAAGGAGAAGACUUAGCUUCACCACAAGAUUUUCUCUAUUAUAAGUUAGAGUUUAUUGUAAAUUCUGUAGGAAUCAGUGUUGCUACUUUAGGAGGAGCUCUUUUAGGUAAAAGCGCUCUUUUUAACAAUAAAUUCUUCUCAGAAUUAUAUUAUUUGAGUGAAGCAAAAGUAAAAAAGAUGAUGAAUAAGAGCACAAGUCAAUCUAAAAUUAGUAAUAUUAAAACUGGCUUUUUUAGCUCACUUCAUAAGACUUUUACUAAAAAUAUAUGCACUAAUUAAACUUUUACUGCUAGCCAUCCGUUAAACAGCUAGUAUAAUGAUGUUAAAUUAGGAGUAUUUGAAAAUAUCUAAAGAGAAAGAAAAAUUGAAGAGAGAAUGGUGAAAGUUAUGAAGCAGUUGUUCAUCGACAGUUAAACUUUUACUUUUAUUUUACUCCCCUUUUCUCUAGAAAAUCCCCUUUAAAAAUAAAUAGAAUAAGAACAAAAGAAUUAAAUUUAAAAGUAGCAUGAUAAACUUUAGAAAAGCACAGAAAAAGUUAAUUAAAAUAAAUAGUAAAAAGUUGGAGAAACUUAAAAUAGAUUCAAAAGGCUUCAAACUAUUAAAAUUUAAGAAAUAUAAUGUGAUGAAAAUACCUCUCAAAACCCUACAAAUGAAUAACCAAAUGAUCAAGAAAUAAAUAAUGAGCAAAAUAGUUUACCUAAAAUUAAUGGUAGAAAAUUGUGUAAUGAGCUUUUAAUAUUCUGCGAGAAAUAGGAAUCAUUAAAUCCAAACUACUUUAAAAAAACUUGUUUUAUAUCUUUUAUUCUUCUAAAAGGAUUUCUACCUUGUAUCUUUAGACUGUAUGAUGGAUUAAACUUUUAUGGUGAUAAUGUAUUUGUUGGAGUAAUUUGCUAAUUAAAUCGUCAAAUGAUUUAUACUAUAUUUAUUGGAUUUUUGCUCUUCAGUAUAGAUCUUGAUGUAAUGAAUGGUUAUACUUGUCUCACUAAUAAAUUAAUUGACUAUUCUCACUAUCUUGAAGAUGAUAGUGCUAAAGAUAAUCUAAAAAAAGAUAAGAAAAUUAAACAUGACCAAGUAAUAGAAUAGCAAGAGAGCUAAAAUACUAAAAAUAGAUAAAAAAAAAUUAUUCAAGAUAAAAAUUUAUUAAAUCCUAAAAAAGAAAAUCAAUAGGAGUAAAGCAGUUCUCCAAAAGACGUAAAGCUCUAAAUAUAAGCUAAUUAAGAUAAUUUGCAAUAAAAUAACACAUGCUUAGCUUAGAAUAAUAAUCCUAUCCCUAACGAGUAGAAUAAUUUGAGAUGUUAGGAAUAUUUUUUAGACUCUGCUAAAGAUAAAGAGUAAUAAAAUAAACUAAGUAGUACUUAGGAAUAGAAAUUAUGUUGUAAACAAGCAGAGAAUAGCAUCACUAAAGAAUGUGAUUGCCUAGAUAAAUCAGCCUCUUAUCAUGAGUAGGAAGAAAUUGAUGAUAUAUUUGGGUAAUCUGAUUUAACUCCUUCUAUAGAUUUUACAGAUAUCCACAGCUUGAUCUCUUGGAAUAACAUGAGAAAACUUGGAUUCCAUUACAAGUAGAAAGAUAUUAUUCUAAUUGACCGUAUCAGUAUAGUAUUUUGCCUUGAAUUAAUUAUUAUUUUAUCAAUUUUUCUGCUAAAUUAUUUCGAUUUACUAUAAUUUGGAGAAGAAUACAAACAAACGUGGCUCAUCCUUAUGAUAUUGCUAGAUUCUGUAGUAGUGAUUUACACUUAACUGAACAGGGUGCAUCUGUAAACAGAAAUAAAUAAAAGCUUUUUAUCCUCUGUGAAAGCAAUAAUGAAAGUUUAGUAUUUAUUGUAGUAAAGUCACUUAAUUGAUGUCUAAAAGUAAAUUUUAAUCAAUAAAUUUAAAAAGAAAGACACAAAUAAAGAUGAUUAAAUAUUACAAUUCUUUCUUAAAAUAAAAUCUAAAAUGCUGAAACAGGAAUAGAUUGAUAAUAAUUAUUAUAAUAAAAUUAUGAAAAUUGUUUAAUUUAUUUAAAACGAUAUUAAACACGAUCUAGAAAAUGAUUAACUCUAAUUCCUAGGUUUAAUCAAAGCUACUCCUGCAUUUGAAGCUACUCUUUUUACAGGUGUUGUAGGUUUGAUUUAUUGGUUAUUUAGAAUAUAUAUGAAAUAUAGUAAAGUAGACAUUGGUUUACUGGGUUAAUGA